AAUCAUGCCACGUUAAUUAUAAGAUUUAUGAUUUCCUUUAAGCAAAUUUUCCUGUGUAUAUAUAGCUAGGUAGAUGCUUUUCAAAGCAUAUAUCGAACAAAACUAGCUAGCUGUAGUUCAUUUUGUUCAUGUGAGCAUGGACGGAAAGAAAUUGGAGUACAAAGGUGAGGAAGCACUGAAGGAGAUAGAGACGAUGACCAUGAAUGGUGUUGAAAUUCAAGAAAGGCUUUUGAAAGAGAUAUUAGCUCAGAAUAAGGAAACUGAGUAUUUGAAUAAGUAUAUGAAGAAGGAAAAUCAUCAUGUAACAACUGACGUUAUAGCAGAGUUUAAGCGGCUUGUUCCAGUUACCAGUUAUGAGGACAUCUUGCCAUAUAUGCAGAGAAUUGAAAAUGGGGAAGACUCUUCUCUCAUCACUGCUCAACCAAUAACAGAGAUUCUAUGCAGUUCAGGAACUUCUGGUGGGAAGCCUAAAAUGAUGCCAUCAACUGCUGAAGAUCUUGAUCGUCGAACAUUUUUUUACAAUCUUCUCAUGCCAAUCAUGAAUGAGUAUGUUCCUGGUCUUGACGAGGGCAAAGGAAUGUAUCUCAAUUUUGUAAGGUCAGACAUAUCCACUACUCCUUGUGGCUUACCUGUUAGGACUGCUGUGUCAAGCUACUACAAGAGCAAGCACUUCAAGUGCCGACAACGUCAGCCUUGGAAUGAUCUCACAAGUCCUGACCAAACCAUUCUCUGUGAUGACAUAAACCAAAGCAUGCAUUGCCAGCUUCUAGCAGGUUUGGUCAACCGCCAUCAGGUCCUAAGGAUUGGUGCUUCAUAUGCCUCUGCAUUUCUCAAAGCCAUUUCCUUCCUUGAACAUAACUGGAGGAGCCUCUCUGAGGACAUACGCAGUGGAAAGCUAAGUUCCUUCGUAACAGAUCCAGGUUGUCGCUCAGGCAUGUCCACAGUGCUUUCGUCUCCUAAUCCACAUCUUGCAAAUGAGAUUAUUCAAAUUUGCAGCCAAAAUUCUUGGAAAGGAAUUCUGUGUGAGCUUUGGCCUAAGGCCAAGUACAUAGAGACAGUGAUCACUGGGUCCAUGGCUCAAUAUGUUCCUGCUUUGCAACAUUACAGUGAUGGGAAAUUGCCUUUGGUUUGUCUCAAGUAUUGUACGUCUGAGGGUUUCUUUGGGAUCAACAUAAAACCUUUAAGUGACCCUGCUGAUAUUGCAUAUACAUUGUUGCCUAACAUGGGUUACUUUGAGUUCCUUCCCCUUGGAGAUAACGGGACACCAUUGAUGGACGUUGAGCAGGAGCAAGUUCCCAUUAAUGAUAAGCUCGUGGAUUUAGGGAAUGUCAAGCUUGGUUGCUUGUACGAGAUUGUGGUCACUACCUUUGCUGGACUAUACCGAUACCGUGUUGGUGAUGCACUUCAAGUGGUUGGAUUUUACAACAAAGCUCCACAAUUUCGAUUCAUGUGCAGACAAAAUGUUGUGAUCAGCAUUGACCAUGACAAGACUAGUGAAGAGGAUCUGCACAAGAGUGUCACUGUGGCUAAAAAAUUGUUAGAGCCUCAAAAUGUUCUCCUAGUGGACUACACCAGUUAUCCUGAUACUUGUUUAGCACCAGGACACAACGUAUUGUACUGGGAAAUUCUGCAUCAGAACACAAAAAAGACAGAGUCAGGAGCCUCACUUGAUACAAAUGUGCUUCAGGAAUGCUGCAUUGCGGUUGAAGAGCAACUGGACUACGUAUAUUGUCAUUUGCGCAAUGACGGGUCAAUAGGGCCACUUGAGAUACGCGUGGUAGAGGCAGGAACAUUUGAUACAUUGUUGGACUUGUUCAUUAGCCUAGGAGCUUCAAUCAAUCAGUACAAAACGCCAAGGGGCAUUAAGUCUGAUAAAGCACUUAACCUGCUCAACUCUAAAGUUACUGCUUCUUUUUUCAGCCCUAGAUAUCCCAAAUGGGGAUCUAAGAAGGUGUCUUAAGUUCAAAGGGUGGAUUUGUAUGCACUUGGUGCCAAAGUUCUGAGUCUACUUAUUAGAACCUGUUUACCAAUACGUUGAAGUUAAGCCCUGAGCACCCUCUGUUUGUGAGAAGUUGAAGACAUUGCUUAACAUUAUUUUUCCUUGUGGGGUGUGGGUGCGCGUGGUGGUCGCCGGAGCAGAGGUUUGUUGCUUCCGAGUUUGGUGAAGUUUCGUGGUCCAUCCCUUCUCGUGCCUAGCGUUAGAUCCAGAUUCAGAUUGGGAAGGAGAGCUUUCCUCUAAAACUGUCAUAGACAUAGCAAGGUCUAGAGUUUGCUGAAUAUUGAGGGUAUAUCCAUUAAUAAGCUUUAUGUUCCUACAAAUCCAAAUCGCCCAAAUAAUUGCAGUCAAA